AUGGACGCCAGAACGCGCAUUCUGCUGGGCGGUGUGUACGCCGGCGUGGGCGUUGUCAUGGCCGCAGCGGCCAAGUUGGACUGGCUGCCGAAGGGCGCAGUCGCCGCGUUUCUCGCCCUCGUGUGGUUGGGCUUUGUGCUCGCGAUCUCGUGCACAGAGUCGUGGCUGAAGUUCCGCGCGCCUUUCAUGCCGCGUCACCUGGCGCUGGACUUAGGCCGUACGAUGUUCGCGGCGCUUAAUUCGGUAGAGAUUGGGCUUUGCGUGGGACUUUGGGUACUGCACUUUUUCGUAUCGUCCGCCCAGGACAGCGCCGUGUGGCGCCUCGUUUUUGCCUCGUUUCUUGUGGGCAUGCAAGCUACGUGGCUGUUCCCCAAGUUGGAACACAUGGCCGAGUUUGUGCUUUACGAGGAGCUCAAGGAACUGGACGUCGACAAGCUGUCGUUCAACCAAAAGAUGCAGCUCGGGGAGAUGCGCCACAAGGUCCAGAUUCAAAGCAAACCAGCCAAGUUCUACCACAUGUUGUACACGGGAGCUGAGGUGCUCAAGAUGAUCACGCUUGUGAGUUUCGCUCUGCACUUCCUCCUGGAAAUCCCAGCGUGA